CAUCGACUAACAUUCGACCUGGCAACACUUCAAAAAAUUGUCAAUGCCAGCCAGCGAGCGAGCCCAAGCCUCUUCUCUCUUUCACUUGACAUUUUGUUCAAGUUGAACGUUUAAUUUACGGCAUAAACACGUUUCGUGUCUUUACGACUUAAAAAAUGCGUUACGUGGCCGCGUAUUUACUGGCUGUGCUGGGAGGGAAGGCGUCCCCGGCUGCCGCUGAUGUCGAGAAGAUCCUCAGCUCUGUUGGUAUUGAAGCUGACUCUGAGAAACUGAAGAAGGUUAUCUCCGAGUUGGACGGCAAGAACAUUGAGGAGCUGAUCGCGUCGGGCCGCGAGAAGCUGUCGUCCAUGCCGGUGGGCGGCGCCGCGCCCGCCGCCGCCGCCGCCGGCGCGCCCGCAGCCGCCGCCGCAGAGGAGAAGAAGGAAGAGAAGGAGACAAAGAAGGAAGAGUCUGAAUCUGAAGAUGAGGACAUGGGCUUCGGUCUCUUUGACUAAAUAUUUUUUAAGUGUACGCGGUCGUUAUUCCAAAUAUGUAAGCGUAAUUUGACAGCGAGUAUGUUUCUAUGAAAUAUAUUUGCUUCAACUUUUA